AUGGUCAACAUAGGACGUGAGAACUCCUUACUACAAGGCGAGUUCCACCCCACCAGGGAUGGCUGGACUCGCAAUGAAAGACCUUAUAUGGAGAUCCCGCCAGAAACGAGAUACUCGGCGCCCCUUAAUCCUAGCUAUCCUAUGCUGAUCGAGACCGCAUUGAGAGAAGGUGCUCAAGUUCCCGUGAAAGACUUCGUUCUCGUUGUGAAGCUUGAGAAUGGAGAAACAAGAACAUACACCUCAACUUCUUUGAAACCAUAUCACCAGAAGCUGUUCCCAGAAAGUUACAUACGCCUGUUCCAUGAUCAUACGCGGAAGGCCGGUGCAGAUAGAUCGUAUCCGACCUCAGCCUAUAGUCAAGAGAGCAUGUAUGGUGAAUUCGACGUUGAUAGUGCCAAUGGGUACCGGAGACAGUCCAGCAGUGGAGGAGAGUCAUCGUCCGAUAUGGGACGUCUUUACCGCCCUCGUCAAUCGAGAGCCCAAGGGCCAGGUCAAGAUAUGAUAGGGGGUAAAAGGAAGCGAACUCAUCACCCUGAUAAUGAUGCUCCUAUUCCAGUCCCUGCCCAGAAAUUCCAACCUCUCGUCAUCGGGGAUGCAGCUGAAGUCGAGAAGUACUACAAGGGUCGGUUUAAGGAUAUGCAACAGUCUUCAUGCAAGGUCAUGGGGAAGGCAUUUGUUAAAUUGGUUGAGCCCAAGAAGCAAACGCACCAUCCAUAUAUCAAAGGCGAUACGCAAGCUCCACCGUGGUGGCCGCCAACCACCGGCGAGAACUCCGUUCGGCACAAGGAGCCAGAUCAUUUACUUAAACCUGAACGCAUUCGGCUCCUAGUCCACAUUCUCCGCAUGAUUGUUGAGCGUCCAGAGAACCAAUGUCCAACGGUGCGGAAACUUAGUCUCAAUGUAAAGAAGCUGGAAGAUGUGACCAUGGAGGUCAUGUCGAAUUGGUUUUCCGAAGAGGCGCAUCCCGAAAAUGCAGCCAAGAGGCCCUUCCUCAAAGAGAUAUUCAAAGUCGCGAAGGCCGAGGAACGCUACAAGAAUGGCGAAAUUGAUGCCGAUACCGAGAUCCCGAUUAUGUGCGGUGAACUUUCUGGGGUCGAAGAAUCGGAUGGUGAAGACGAUGGACUGAAGGAAGAAGACGAUGAACAGGGCAAUGUAGCCCUUACCAACGUAUCCACGACCCCUGACAGCCUUGUCUCCCCCACCACCAUGAUGCCGAACUUGCAGCACCAUCAAUCCCAGUUCGAUUCGGACUCUCAAAACAUAAUUCAGUCCCGACCACAUCCAACGAUGGUUCGCAAUACUCCACAUCCGCAACAUAUCGAAGACCAUCCCCCCUAUUAUUCGACGUUCCAUCGCCCCAUGGGCACAUUCCAAUCCCAUAGCCCAGGGCUUCAAGAUGGCUAUCGUCCAGGUUUCACGAGUCCCCAGCAGAACAUGUAUGCUGGAGGCUGGCCAAGCACAACUAUGGGCAGCAAUGGAUCGCUUCCAUCAAAUUGUUACGUUACGAGCAUGCCUGAAUCAUCACUUACACUACCGCAUGGGGGAGUUCAACUGCCUGCACUACAACCUGGACCCCAUGCUCAACAGGGCAUCGCACCUCCAAGGGCGUAUGACGGGCUACCACCGGUCCCCAGGCAUUACGACUCAGGGCCUGCACUCGGUAAUCAAUUGAGAACUGGUAGUUUGGGCCAUCCUCAUCAAAUGUCUCCAAGUCAUAGCUUCGGUGAAUAUCUUCAAGACGGCAACUCGUUUGGUCACCACGACUCCGACUUGAAAGAAGAGCACCACAUGCGCUCCAGUUAA